AUGGCUUCGCACACGAUACCGAUCGCGAAGACGCCAUUCUUCCGAUACUUCGAAGCCGCUGAGAACCGCCAACCUAAAGGUGUCCAUGAACUAUGGUUGACUCUUGUCUACCGAUGCAAACUAUGUAUAGACGUCAGUGGAGCUCUUCAACUUCGACUCGUCAACAUGCGCCUCAAGGACUCCAGUGCGCACAUAGUUGCGGCAGGCAGCGGUCGGAAUGACCCUUCCUUGUGGCUCCUCUUCAAGAACUUUCUGAUGAGCUUCAUCGAGCUCGUGACUGAGAUACGGAUGGCCAAGUCGUUGAGACUACUGCCUCGGGUAGUCUUCAUAAUGUUGCGACCUGUCCAAAAGGCGACUCGAGAAGCAUGGUGCUUGAUAGAGACAAGCCCCUAG